AUGAAAAUAACAAUUAUUAAGUCAAAUGUUGAUAAAAUUUUGAGUUAAAUAGAGAACAAGGAGGAAGUCAUAAAUAUUACAGCAAUAAAAUGUAAUUUAGACAAUAUACCAAUAUUGGAUUUUCCAAAUUUAAAAGUGUUAGAUCUAUCAUAUAAUAAUAUCUCAACUCUUGAUAAUUUACCAAAUACAAUAGAAUACUUGAAUUUAUAGCAUAAUUAAUUUGAAUACUUUGAAGAUUUAGAAUUUCCUGCAUCAUUAGUAUAUUUAAAUUUUAAUGGGAAUAAAGCAUCAACUAAAAUUUAGUAUAGAAGUAAACUAAUAAAGCAAAUAAAAUAAAAAUGUCCUUAAUUUAAGUAUUUGGAUAAUGUAUCAAUAAAAAUGCGUUAUGCAGAGAUGCCUAUAAGUUUAAGUAAAUUUGAUAAGAUUAUGGACUUUACUUAUGAGAUGUUUGGGGAUGAUUUUUGAAAUUUAUAUAAAAG